AUGGCUUCCACGUCGGGGGUAGGGUCGUAUUCGAACCCGUUGAAGAAAUUCAAGCUAGUCUUUCUGGGAGAACAGAGCGUGGGAAAGACGUCGUUGAUCACACGGUUUAUGUACGACUCAUUCGAUAACACUUAUCAAGCGACAAUCGGUAUCGAUUUUCUGUCAAAGACCAUGUACCUUGAAGACCGCACUGUUCGACUUCAGCUUUGGGAUACUGCCGGUCAAGAGCGGUUCCGGUCUCUCAUUCCCUCCUACAUCCGUGACUCGAGCGUUGCCGUUGUGGUCUACGACAUCUCCAACGCCAAGUCCUUCCAGAACACUCGGAAAUGGAUUGACGACGUGCGCGGCGAGCGAGGGAACGACGUGAUCAUUGUGCUGGUUGGAAACAAGACGGAUCUCAACGACAAGCGCGAGGUGACGACCGCGCAGGGCGAGGAGGAGGCCAAAAAGAACGGCCUGAUGUUCAUCGAGACCAGCGCCAAAGUCGGACACAAUGUCAAGCAGCUGUUCCGGAGAAUCGCCCAAGCCCUGCCGGGAAUGGAGGGCGAAGCUGCUCGGGGAGAGAGCCAAAUGAUCGAUGUCAACAUUAGCCCCAAGGAGACCACGACAAAUGAUGGAUGUGCCUGCUAA